AUGGCCGACUCGUCGCCGCGUGCCGUGCGCUUCUCGGGCGGCGAGGACGACCUGCAGCCCGAGCGGCCACAGGGCCGCCGGCGCUCCAUGGUCGUCCACCUCGAGACCGAGGACUCGUCCCCGGGCUCCGAUGCCGCCGACCCCCACGCCAACGAGCGCCGAGACGAGCUCGGGGACCUCGAGGCCCGCUACGUCGACGGCGGGCCCGUGUCGCAGCUGUCACCGAGCACCGCAAUGAACGGCACGGCGUCCAAGGGCCAGUGGUCUGCCGCAGCCGGGGACGAGGCGGCCGGUUAUCCCAACGGAACCCGGCCGCAGAGGCCUCUGGCUCCGGCGCGGACGCCGUCCAGCACGUACAACCCCGCCACCUCGCGCAAGCCCGGCAUGCAGCAGCAGCAGCAGCAACAGGCGCAGCAGCAACAGCAGCCCACGCAACAGCAGGCGCAGCAGGUCCCGGCGGCCUCGUUCGUCGAGUCGAUCCGCUCCACGUCCAAGACGCGUCCGCGGCAGAGCGAGAGCAGGUUCCGCGCCCAGGAGCGGGCCUACGUGCAGAAGCUCCGCCAGGACUACUCGGGCGAGUACUUUACCUCGUACCAGACCAUCAACGGCAACGAUUCAGACUCGGAGGGGGAGACGCCCUCGUCCGACACACCCUAUGAUGACCGGCUCGACCAGGAGACGAUAAUGUUUUACGGCAACGACGACCUUCAACCGACCGAGGAGGACACAAAAGACCCGGAGAAACGCGAGCGGCUCGAGUGGCACGGCAUGCUCGAGGCUGUCUUGACAGGCGACGUGGUUCGGCAGGAGAAGAAGCGUCUCAUCGGCUCCGGCGACCAGCAAGCCGGCAAGAUGGCGCACAAGUCGGAGCUAUGGCUGGGGGUCCGCGCGGAGUCGUGCGGCCGCCGCCUGCCCGUGCAGCGGCGCAUGGUCGAGGAAGCCCGCGCCAUCCUCGACCGUAAGCUGGACGAGAUCAUCAACUUCCAGGUAAAGGGCGAGAGCGAGGUGGGCAAGCCCCCGUACGAACAGGUCAAGGACGUGGUCAGGAAAAUCGAAGAGUGCGAGGGCUUGUAUCCCUCGUGGGACGCGCUGGCAGCCGACCAUAAGGUGGCCGAUUCGCCCAUGUUCCACGAGGCCUACAACGCCAUCUUUUCGUGGUACAACACCAACGAGAUGAUCAACACGGAGCUCUCUAUCCUCAAGAAGUGGGUCGGCAACGACGAGCUCGACUUUUCGCGCACCAAGCAGCGAUCGCCGGCCGUCGACGGCAUCACCUCGGACGAGACGUCCUUCCUGGACCGGUUGAUGAAAGAGGACGGACUUCAGUCUCUAUACAACGACGACGAGCGAUCAACCCAAAAGGGCAUGCUGCGGCCUAUCUCGUCCAUCAUCAGCAAGGUCAAGGAGACGCUAAUCGAAAACUCGACCCCUUUCCAGAAGCGACACCUGCCGCCGUAUCUGGAGGAGCUCCUGACGCUCAUCAGCUUCCCGUCUCGCCUCAUCGAGGAAAUCACCAAGACGCGCCUCGAGUACGCUCGGCGGGUCAAGGAGACGGCGCAGCAAAAUCCCCUGAUGCAGGACCAGAUGAUUUCCCAGUUUCAGCUGCUCCUGAAGUUUGCCAUCAGGAUCAAGCUCGAGUAUCUGGCGAUUGAAAGCCCCGAGCCCGGGUGGGACCUGCCGCCGUGUAUCGACGAGACUUUCGACCAGGUCGUCCUCGACGCUCUCAAGUACUACUUCAAGAUGCUGAACUGGAAGCUCAGCGGCAACAAAAACACCUUCAAGGAGGCAGAGCUCCUGUUUCAGGAGUGGGACUUUGCCAACUACAUCGGAAGCCACCUGCAGGGCGGCCACAUCGAGGUCGCCGAGCAGUUCAGCUCCCUCACGUUCAAGGCGCUCAACCGACUGAGCCAGACGUUUGAGAAGGAGCUGCAGGUGAAGCCCAAGGAGAGCGCCAGCGAGAUGAGCAAGCGGUACAAGGCGUGCCUGGACUCGGUUCGCGUUCGGCAACGCAUGCUUCAGCGUUUCUCGAGGAUGCUGAGUGACAACUACGAGCACGCCUCGGACUUUAGCAUAUCCUUCACCCCAGACGCGAUGCAGAAGUUUUACGACCACUUGGUGGCGUCGGGCCACUUCCGCGUCGACACGGGUGUCUAUGAGAAGCAGGGCACCUACAUUCUGGCGUCGCCGCAGCUUCACGGCCGGCCGGAGGACAUACAGGCCAUGAUGGCCAUCACGUCCAAGGAGCGCUUCCCCGAGGAAUACGGCGAGCGGUACCUCCUCGUCUUGCGGCCGGAGGACACGUUCAACUGGUUCGGCGACGUGGUGCAAGUCUCGCUGCGAGAGCAGAGCAUCGACCUGAAACGCGGACAGGUGCGGCUCUGCGCGUCCAGCUCGCACGCCCUGCCCGAGGCGAGGCGAUCGUUCCUGGACGCCGUGGACAUGCACGUCGAUCUCCUGCAGGAGUCGAGGUCCAACAUCCACAAGGUCAACACGAGGCUGUUGGAGAUCCGCAGGGUCGCAUACAAGCUGUCCAACACAUUCAUGGACAGCGUCGAGGUCAUCCGGAAGCAGACCCAGGGCAAAGACUGCCAGGAGCUGAUCCAGACGUGCUUCGUCUUUGCGACGGAAUUCGGUCAGCGCUCGCUGCUGUACAUGGACAGCAACAGGCGGCAGAUGAACAACUUUAAGCUGACCAAGCUCGCGCUCGACUGGGUGAGCUUCAUCUGCAACGACUGCAUCGCGUCGGACCGCAAGACGUUUCGCUGGGCGGUCCUGGCGCUCGAGUUCGCCAUGGGCAUGACGCGCGGCAGGCACAUCCUGGCGCUCGGCGAAGACGAGUACGAGAAGUUGCGGGUCAAGGUGGGCGGGUGCAUGUCGCUGCUCAUCUCUCACUUCGACAUCAUGGGCGCGAGGUCGAACCUGGCGGCGCAGGCGGAGAAGGAGAAGAUUGAGCAGCUCGUGGGUCAGUUUAGGAAGCUCGACAAGAACAGGAUGCUCUCGGACGAGGAGGCGUCGCGGUGCAUCACGGAGCAGCGCGUGGAUCAGCUCGACAAGGUGGACGAGUACCGGCAGGAGAAGGAGGCGGAGCGGCGGGCGCUGGGCAGGGUGCUGGAGACGAACAACGAGGCGGACCGAUCGCUGGCGUACCUCUCGUCGUCGGCGACCAACGUCACGAUGCGCUGGCAGCAGGGGCAUUUUGUGGGCGGCGGCACGUUUGGCAACGUGUACGCGGCGAUGAACCUCGACCUGGGCCAGCUGAUGGCGGUCAAGGAGAUUCGACUGCAGGACCCGAAGCUGAUUCCGCAGAUUGCGGAGAAGAUCCGGGAGGAGAUGGGGGUCCUCGAGGUGCUGGACCACCCCAACAUUGUGUCGUACCACGGCAUCGAGGUGCACCGCGACCGCGUGUACCUGUUCAUGGAGUUUUGCUCGGGCGGCUCGCUGGCCGGGCUGCUGGAGCACGGGCGGAUCGAGGACGAGCAGGUCAUCAUCUUUUACGCGCUGCAGCUGCUGGAGGGGCUUGUGUAUUUGCACGAGAGGGGCAUCGCGCACCGCGACAUCAAGCCCGAGAACAUCCUGCUGAACCACAACGGCAUCAUCAAGUACGUCGACUUUGGCGCGGCCAAGGUGAUUGCGCGGCAGGGGCGGACGCUGGCGGCCGACGUGCACGCGACCAAGCCCAACAAGUCGAUGACGGGAACGCCCAUGUACAUGUCGCCCGAGGUGAUCAAGGGCGAGAACCCGGGGCGGGCGGGCGCGGUGGACAUUUGGUCCCUGGGGUGCGUGAUCCUGGAGAUGGCGACGGGACGGAGGCCGUGGGCCAACCUCGACAACGAGUGGGCCAUCAUGUACAACAUUGCGCAGGGCAACCCGCCGCAGCUGCCGUCGCCGGACCAGCUGGGGCCGGACGGCAUCGACUUCCUCAACAAGUGCUUCAUGCGGGACCCCAAGGAGCGGCCGUCGGCGGUGGAGCUGCUGCAGCACGAGUGGAUCCUGGCCAUCCGCAACCAGGUCGUGGACCCGAUGACGCCGAGCGAGACGAGCGCGUCGGCGCAGUCGACGCCGCUGCUGACGAGCACCUCGAGCAGGGGCAGCGCGGGGCUGGAGUCGCAGUAG